AUGAGACUGGACAAAUCGAUAGGAACAUGGCUGCUCUAUCUCCCAUGUACUUGGAGUAUCGCUCUGGCUUCUGACCCAGGAUGCCUUCCAAACUUGGGCAUGCUCACUUUAUUCGGCACAGGGGCACUGCUAAUGAGAGGGGCGGGCUGUACCAUCAAUGAUAUGUGGGAUAAAGAUUUUGAUAAGAAGGUGUCACGGACAGCAACUAGACCUAUUGCCUCAGGAGAGAUAUCUCGGUUUCAGGCACUUGUCUUUCUGGGUGGCCAGCUUUCUCUUGCUCUUGGAGUUCUGCUGUGUCUUAACAAUUACAGCAUAGUUCUUGGUGCUGCAUCUAUGGGGCUUGUGGUUACCUACCCACUUAUGAAAAGAAUAACCUAUUGGCCACAGUUGGUAUUAGGACUUACCUUCAACUGGGGAGCACUGCUUGGUUGGGCGGCCAUUAAAGGUGCAUGUGAUUGGUCAGUUUGUCUCCCACUGUAUUGUUCUGGAGUGAUGUGGACUCUAAUCUAUGACACCAUAUAUGCUCACCAGGACAAAGAGGAUGAUAUUAAAGUCGGGGUCAGGUCUACUGCACUGAGGUUCCAGAAUCAAACAAAGCCUUGGUUGAGUGGCUUUGGCGUCGCUAUGAUUUCAGGGCUUGUUCUUACCGGGAUUAAUGCAGGACAGACACUUCCUUAUUAUGCUGUGCUAUCGACCGUUGCUGUUCACUUGGCCCACCAGAUAUAUACACUUGACAUCAACAAACCAGAAGACUGCUGGAAGAAGUUUGUGUCCAAUAGAAACAUUGGAGUCUUGCUGUUUUUGGGCAUUGUAACAGGGCAUUUGUGGAAAUAA